AAUGCAUCAAAGGAUACUUCUCAGAAAUGCAGAAAAACGGUUCGAAUAAUAGGCAUAAAGCGUCUACGGGUCUUUGACAAUCAUCCGUUAUUCAUUUCUAAGGCUUUCCAGCUAAUUUGCAAGGGUGGAAGAAAUGGCCUUUAGCUACAAGUACUCGCGUCUUUCGGCGUUCUCUCAGAUGGCGCUUGGAUUUUUAUUUUUCACUUUCGGUGUGAUUGAAAGAGCGAUCUUUUGGAACCCGUGGUCAGUUGGUUCUAAGGCUGUUCUUCCAGUUUGGAUGGGAAUGUGGAUUCUAGGAACUGGUUUAUUUGGAUUUUACGCCACGAAACGGCGUGAAACAUUAGACAGAUGUAAGUUAAGCACGUAUUUGGGCUUCUCUAUAACCUCGGCUUUGUUCGGCGCCAUCUUAGCGUUAUUUUAUUGGGGCAGUGCCUACUUUAACGCUGACAGAUGGGAAAUACUCUGCGAUCCUAAAUUUUGGGAAAGCCAUCACCUUCAUUUCACCGCCCCUAGCAACAGCUCAGAAGAUUCAUAUUACCAUGGCAACCUGAUGCUUCGUAACCACACCAACAGGAUCUUGCGCGAUCACGUGUUCACUUCCGCCGCGUGCACCACUAAGCUUGUCGUAUGCUACCUGAUCGCCAUCUUGGCGAUACUCGAGAUCAUGGUGGGGGCAUGGGGGGCAGUGUGCUGUUGUCAAGGCAACGUGUAUUGUGACUGCUGUUCGCCCCAGUCUCCCAUGGCCGGGCAAAUCAUGUACUGCCAAUCCUCGGACGAUCCCUCUGCCACCUACCUAACUACCGUAGUACCUAAUGAGCACCCGGAAGCCAUACCCAGUCCCCCCUCCACGGACAACGGACAUAGGAUUACCAAUAACAUGGCCGGUAGAGGCAGACCAGAACCACAGCCCUCACCAGAUAAUACAGAAGACGCCACGCACGGAGAGGUCCACGAGGACCACCACCUCGAAGACGACUCCACAGUACCCUUGGUGUGACCUAAUAUGGCGUUGAACGAGCGGCGAAUAACCUUCCCAUGAGUCACCGCGAGUUGCAUGUACAAGUCCCAUAACCCUGUGCGCGCACUCCUUGAAGUAAAACACGGGCUAUAGGACAAUUUUACUUUAAAAAAUGUCUAAUGUCUUGUUAGUGUUUAAUGAAGCAUUAAAAAUACGUCGCUGGGGGUUACUCAUUUACCGGGCGGCGGCGGCGGUGGUUACAAAGCUCGCCAGAGCUCGUCAAAGGAGUGAAAAUACAGCCGAUUUAGGUAGAAAUACGUUCUUUAUUCAACACUAUGAAGAUAUUACAUAUCAUUUUGGAGUGAAAUUAUCCUUAUAGUAGAAGCAAAUAUCGAAGAGAUUGUACGGAAAAUGUAAAUCCCGCGGAGUCAAAUAGCACCAAUAUAUUGGUGAAACUCUUCACAGCACCAUCAACCUGUUGUUAGAAAACAGCAUGGCUAGACCAAGCAAUGUGUUUUCAUGUAAGCCUUUUGCGUUGCGCACAGCAAUUAUAAAACGCGCUCGGAAAAGAACAAAUCCAGAUAAAAGUUUCUGCCUCGCUCUGGUUUUAUGGACAAUGAUCUCCGAGUCUCUUACUGCGGUUAUGGUGAAGCUUUGUAGUUAUUGAAAAAAAUGGAAAAAGUGAAUAAAUUGUAAUUAAACAGG